CACAAUAUAAAAGGAGAUUUAUCCAGCGACGGCUAUUAGCGCAAGCGCGAUUGACCCACUUUGCCGCGCACAUACAACCAAAACAAAGUGCAUUGGUUCGUCCGCGAAUUAGAGGAGCGAUAACUUUGUUGGAAAGAAAAGUUUGUAAGGAUUCUUUUGAAUCACUAGAAAUGGAAUAGAACUAACUUACUUUGCUGUGUUACUUCUGGCUGAAUGAAGACUCUACAUUGACCAAAAUGAGGUUUCGGUUGCGGUUUAUGUUUUGGGGAACCAUUUUCGUGUGUUGCACGACGUUAAUGACAAUUUUCGCGGUGUUUCGAGAAAUUGGUGUACCAGUAGCGGCAAGAGUCGAAACCAUCCAUCGGAAUAUCAAGAAAACUUUAAAGCAUACAAGUAUUUUGGACGGGAUCAACCUGCUCACCGGCAAAGAGAGAGCAGUUCCAGACCAUCAGAAUGCCAGUAAAUACGACGAAUGGGUUGCAGGCAAAAGGAGGCAAAGACCAGUUUGGGUGUCAAAUGAAUCUAAACGAAAAAAUGGAACCCAUCUAUUACAUUGGCAGCAGUUUCAUGCAGACAUCACCGAGAAUCAGAUGUACAGCAGUAAUGCACCGUACAUGAACGAUCUUCUCGAGAGCUUAGCUACGACAGAGAUUGAGAAUGUUGGUCUAUUCCACGGUGGGAGUCAACUCAAGCUUCAUGUCAAACUGGUGGAUGGGAAUUAUGCAAUGCUGAAGCCAAUGAGAACACCCAGGAGUCUUGUAUACAAUUACGAUGAAGAUCAACCCUUUUGGUUUGAUGUCGAGAGACAUAAUGCAGAAAUAGCUGCGUUUCAUCUAGACCGGAUAUUGAAUUUCCGUCGAGCUCCUCCUUGUGCUGGCCGUGUCCUCAAUAUGACUGCCGAUAUAAAGAUGAAAACUAAAGAUAAAGAUUUGUUGGAUACUUUCUUUCGCGAUGGGGGAAACACGUGCUUUGAAGGGAAGUGUGCUCCGUGGUUCUGCAACAAGGAUCAUCCUGUCUGUGGGCGGGGCGAGAUGCUGGAGGUCUCCCUCUGUGUCAUGAUCCCGUUUUACCAUGGCAACGAGGAUCCCAUCUUGGACAGACCUAAUCCUUGGAGUCAUGGAGUCAGGGAGGCCAGAAUAUGGCAAGAGCAAAACAUUUGUGAUGACAUCUUAAAAAACCCGGACAACGCUGAAGGCAGGUUCCUGUUGGACCUUGUAGAGCAAUCUAUUUUUGACUUUCUGAUGUUGAAUUACGAUAGACACCAUUUUCACAUGCUUCAGAAGUACAGCUCCAAGGGAUUCGUUGUUGCCCUGGACAACGGGAAGGGCUUCGGAAACCCUGAUUUAGAUGAUCUCACUCUGUUAGGCCCUCUAGCUCAGUGCUGCAUACUCCGAGAUUCCACUUUCAGGUACCUCAAGAAGGUCAACGGAAGUAAGGAGAAGCUGAGUGACCACAUGCGACACACGCUGGUCAAGGAUCUGAUCGAUCCGGUCAUCCAUGAAGCCCACUUGGAAGCCAUUGACCGUCGCCUGAUGAAGCUUCUGGACUUGGUGGGUGAUUGUGUUGACCUGUACGGGGAGGAGAGGGUCAUGGUCAAAGGAAACUUGAAGCUUCCGUUCCCGGAGACUGGUGUUAACAUGGACAUGUGAAGGGUCACUGGUCGACCCCAGUUUGUGUUACUGACCAGAAGAGGGCAGUGUUCUGACUAAUCCACACUUUGGCCAAAUAUCAUAAAGGUGGUUAAACCUAAACCAUAGUCUAACAUCAAUUUAUUAUGAGUGGCCGAAAGGGUAUACAUAAAGACAAACUAAACAGGUUUGUUCAUUGUUUUGAAAAAAUUAGAAGAUGAAAUGAUAAGUUUUUUGUUUGCAAAUACUUUGACUACGUCUUUUUUUUUUAAUUACCCUUUUUGUCAUCCAUGGUAAUAUCCUUGGUUUAAACCAUGGCUGGGCUAUACGUUUGAAACUCUGGGCUACUAAAGGUUUGAAACAACGAGAAUCAAAGGGCAUUGCAUUUUGUUUCUUAUUGUUUUUUUCAGAGGAAUAAGUAUUCCAUGUGAAGUAGUAGGAUUAAACCAAUGAAGAAAAAAAAGUUGAUAGCUAAGUACCAUUCAAAAUGUGCCUUUUUACAUAAUUUAGAAUUCUUGCACGUAUCUAUUAUUUCAAUGAGUGCCAUUCCUUUCAAGAUAUUUUUUCUUGCAAGGAGAUUUUUAUUUUUGGUAUAUUCCAUGAACUCGUUUUCAUAUAAAUUUCCAAUACAAGAUGAUGUGCAAUAUAGGGAAAAGAUCAAAGAAUAUAUUUUGGUCUUUACUUUUUUUGCCUUUGUGAAUCAAUUUUAGCCAUAAUGAUGUUGUUUUAAGUUCAUAUUCUGUAAAGGACCAAAAUGUAUGUUUACAAUCUGUUUAUGAUAAAAAUGAAGUGUAAUAGAAAUGAUAAAAACAGAGUAUCUGCUGGUCAAAAUACCAAUUCAUUUAAUUUAGAUAUUUCAUUUGGCUUCUUGCCCUCUUCUUUCACUUGCAGAUCGGAUGAGUACAGUGAUUAGAACUGCCCAGUUAAAUUUCUUGUGAUAUUUGAGUAUGGUUUCUAGUCAAGAGCUCUAUAAAAUGACUAGUACAUGGGGGUGUUUCACAAAAAUCCUAAGUCAAAGUUAUCUCUAUCUAAGUUGGACUCAUCAAUUAUGGAAAGCCGUUAGCAUCUUUGAAAAUAUUUUGUAAAAGCUAUUUUAAAAGGCAUAAAAUGUUGAUUCAAAUCAUUCAUAGUUUCUACUAUCA